AUGUGUUGUGUCACUGCUACUUGUGGCCAUCCAAAGGCAGUACCUACUGCAGUCUGGAUAUUGAUCAACACUGAAGUCAGUCUCUGCAGUCUGGUUCUCUUGAUCUCAUACCAAAGGCAGUCUACUGCAGUCUGGUUCUCAUUCAAUCAACUCAAUUGUGCGACUGUCAGCACUCAGGAUGCUCAUGUCAAGACAGACACUGUCACACCAUACUCUGGUAUUGUCAAGGAGUCCAUCUGGAUCUUGAUCAUGCUGCACUACCUCUGGACAGAGUGCCCACAGUGGUUAGUCAAAAUCUGUGAUAAACUUUAG